GCCCAGGUGAAAGGAAGUGGUCCCACCGUGAACGAGUGGCCACCAAAUCGAGACAGCAAGAGUGAAUGGCAGAUAGGAUAUCCAACAAAAGAAUUCAAGCAUUUUUAGCCAAGACCAUCAUUUGAAAAACACACACCAGAGCUGGAGGACCUAGACACAAUCCCUGUCACUCUCCAUUUGGGUAGAGGUCUGUUUCCACCUAAAUGAAGGGGAGCAUCAGGAGUUGAUUAAGAGAUAUUGUAUCAUGAAGCCCAGAUUAAGUGUUGUCUGCUUAUCCAGAAAGUCUCAGUUUUUACCUUGAACUUUUGACAGAAGAGGAGGAUGAAAUGAGAUAAAGUGGACGACUGGAGGAGCCCAGCCCCUUCACCUCCCCCUUUCUGAAGCAUGGCAGGCCUACAGCUUGUCACUCCUGCCACUUCACCCAUGGGGCCUUUCUUUGGUCUGCCAUGGCAGCAGGAGGCUAUCCAUGAUAACAUCUAUACACCUAGGAAAUAUCAGGUAGAACUUCUUGAAGCAGCUCUUGAACAUAAUACUAUCGUCUGCUUGAAUACUGGCUCAGGGAAGACCUUUAUUGCAGUACUUCUAACAAAAGAACUCUCCCACCAAAUCCGUGGACAUUUCCAAGAAAAUGCGAAGAGGACUGUUUUUCUGGUGAACACAGCUUUGUCUGUAGUUCAGCAAGCAGCUGCAGUCAGGACUCACUCGGACCUCCAGGUGGGAGAGUACAUAGAUUUGGAGGAGACCUCAGCAUGGACUGACCAGCGGUGGAGUCGAGAGAUAAUCGAGAAUCAGGUGCUGGUCAUGACUUGCCACAUUUUCCUGCACAUUCUGAGGAAUAGAAUCUUACAGUUGUCUAAAAUCAACCUGGUGGUUUUUGAUGAUUGUCACCUGGCCAUCACGGACCACCCCUACUGUGAGAUAAUGAAGCUGUUUGAGGGCUGCUCAUGCAGUCCUCGUAUCCUGGGUCUCACAGCUUCCAUUCUGAAUGGGAAGUGUGACCCGUCAGAACUGGAGCAGAAGAUCCAGAAUCUGGAGAGAAUCCUGAAGAGCAACGCUGAAACUGCCACUGACCUUGUGGUCCUGGACAGAUACGCCUCUCAGCCAAGAGAAGUGGUGCUGGACUGCGGCCCCUACAUGGAUAAGAGCGGCCUCUCCUCCCGACUACAGGCAGAACUGAACGAAGCUCUCCACUUCCUGCAUGACUGCAACAUAUCUGUUGCGAGAGAGGACCGUGAUCCCACAUUCAUCUCCAAACAGGUCCUGAGUGACUGCUGGGCCGUGCUGCAGGUGCUGGGACCCUGGUGCGCGGACAAGGCAGCGGGUAUCAUGGUGCGGGAGCUCCAAAAGUACAUCAAACACGAGCAGGAGGAGCUCAGCCGCAAGUUUCUGCUCUUCACGGACACCAUCCUGCGCAAAGUGCACGCUCUCUGCGAGGAGCACUUCUCCCCCGCCUCGCUGGACCUCAAGUUUGUCACCCCCAAGGUCCUCCGGCUGCUUGAGAUCCUACACGAGUACAAGCCCUUUGAGCGGCAGCAGUUUGAAAGCGUGGAGUGGUACAACAACCGCAACCAAGACAACUAUGUGUCCUGGAGCGACUCUGAAGAUGAAGACGAAGAUGAGGAGGUGGAGGCCAAAGAGAGGCCCGAAGCCAACUUUCCCUCACCGUUCACCAACAUCCUGUGUGGGAUCAUCUUUGUAGAGAGGCGUUACACAGCUGUCGUCCUCAAUCGUCUGAUCAAAGAGGCGGGGAAGCAGGACCCGGAGCUGGCUUACAUCAGCAGCAACUUCAUCACCGGCCACAGCAUCGGCAAGAACCAGCCGCGGAACAAGCAGAUGGAGGUGGAGUUCAGGAAACAAGAGGAGGUCCUCCGCAAAUUCCGGGCUCAUGAAACUAACCUGCUGAUCGCCACCAGCAUCGUGGAGGAAGGCGUGGAUAUUCCAAAGUGUAACCUGGUGGUGCGCUUCGACCUGCCCACAGAGUACAGGUCCUAUGUCCAGUCCAAAGGCAGAGCUCGGGCACCCGUCUCCAACUACAUCAUGCUGGCUGACAGUGAGAGGACCAAAGCCUUCGAGGAAGACCUCACUACCUACAAGGCCAUAGAGAAGAUCUUAAGGAACAAGUGCUCCAAGUCAGUGGAGGUGAGUGAGUUUGAAGUAGAGCAGGUGCUGGACGAUGACAACAUCCUCCCACCCUACGUGCUUCGGUCUGAGGAUGGAGGUCCCCGGGUCACCAUCAACACAGCCAUCGGACACAUCAACAGCUUGUUUAUCUGGCUUUUCUUCGCCACCCCGGUGAGCUGGAUGAUCACCCUGAUGCCCAUACCAGAGUGUCUGCGGGACAGUUACGCAGUACCGGAGCAGACUUACUACUUAUAUGUGAUUGGGAUGGUCCUCACCACCCCUCUCCCGGAUGAACUCAACUUCCGAAGGAGGAAGCUCUACCCACCGGAGGACACCACCAGGUGCUUCGGCAUCCUGACUGCCAAACCCAUACCUCGAAUCCCCCAUUUUCCGGUGUACACUCGCUCGGGUGAGGUGACCAUCUCUAUCGAGCUGCAGAAGUCCGGCUUCACACUGAAUGCUGCCCAGCUCGACCUCAUCACCCGCCUGCACCAGUACAUCUUCUCCCACAUCCUCCGCCUGGAGAAACCUGCCCUGGAGUUCAAGCCCACACUGGCUGACUCGGCGUACUGCGUUCUACCUCUGAAUGUUGUUGGGGACUUGAACACACUAGAUAUGGACUUUAAAUUCAUGGAGGACAUUGAGAAGUCUGAGGCCCGCACUGGCAUUCCUACCACUCAGUACACCAAGCAGAACACCUUCACCUUCAAGCUUGAGGACUACCAGGAUGCUGUCAUCAUUCCAAGGUAUCGCAACUUCGACCAGCCUCAUCGCUUCUAUGUCGCUGAUGUGUACACAGACCUGACACCGCUUAGCAAGUUUCCUUCACCAGAGUAUGAGACGUUUGCUGAGUACUACAAAACCAAGUACAACCUUGACCUGUCCAACCUCAACCAGCCGCUUCUGGAUGUAGACCACACCUCCUCCAGACUGAACCUGCUAACCCCUCGGCACCUGAACCAGAAGGGGAAAGCCCUGCCCCUCAGCAGCGCAGAGAAGAGGAAGGCCAAGUGGGAGAGUCUGCAGAACAAACAGAUCCUGGUUCCAGAGCUGUGCGCCAUCCACCCCAUCCCCGCCUCCCUGUGGAGGAAAGCAGUGUGUCUACCCAGCAUCCUCUACCGCCUCCACUGCCUCCUGACCGCCGAGGAGCUCCGAGCCCAGACAGCCAGUGAAGCUGGAGUGGGAGCCCAAACCCUGCCCCCUGACUUCAGGUAUCCAAACCUGGACUUUGGCUGGAAGAGAUCUAUUGACAGCAAAACGUUCAUCUCCUGCCCAGAGUCCUGUGGCGAGGACGGAGAGGGUCACUGUAAGCACCAAGAGACUGUAACCCCUGACCCCAACUCCCUAACACAUCCCAGUAGUCACCACUCUCCCCGGCCCUGUGCAGCCCUCGAGCCCGGAGAAGCCACCUGCACGAAGAACCUAAUCAAUGGCACUGCCCUAGUCGCCAACUGUGACGACAAAGGCCACCAAGACGAGCACCUUCACCAACAUGACAAUUGCCAACGCUCCCAGCCCAGCUCCCCUGGGCUGCAGAGCCCUGAAUCAAUACAAACCACUACCUCAGUUCCUGUGCAGCCCUCUCACAGCUUGAAGAAGCCCAGCUCCAGUCCUCCGCAGCCUAGUGAUGAAUGUACACCAGGGAGGACCUCAGACCACAAAAAUAAAGCUACCUCAGUUUGCAGCCGGGCAGCCACGGGUCCCAAUGCUCCCACAGCACCUUCUCCCGACCUCGCUGUUGUCCCCCAGCUUGGAGCCCAGGCGGGAGACUCCCCCAAAAGCCUGGGGCCCAACCCGGGCCUCAUCCUGCAGGCUUUGACCCUAUCCAACGCCAGCGAUGGCUUCAACCUGGAGCGGCUGGAGAUGCUUGGAGACUCUUUCCUCAAGCACGCCAUCACCACAUACCUGUUCUGCACCUACCCCGACGCUCAUGAGGGUCGACUCAGCUACAUGCGCAGCAAGAAGGUGAGCAACUGUAACCUGUACCGUUUGGGGAAGAAGAAGGGGCUCCCCAGCAGGAUGGUGGUGUCCAUCUUCGACCCCCCCGUUAACUGGCUGCCCCCUGGCUAUGUGGUCAACCAGGACAAGAGCAGCACAGACAAACUGGAUUCAGAGGAGGCAAAAGAGGAGCUUCUGGCCAACGGGCAGUCUGGAAAUGACUAUGAUGAGGACGAUGAGGAGGGCGAGGAGGUGGACGAGGAUGGUGAGCUGAUGCUGAAGGACGAGCCAAAGGAUGAAGUCAACAUGGAGGACGAUCUGGAGUAUUACAAGGAGCACAUCAAAUUCAUUGACAACAUGUUGCUGGGAUCUGGUGCUUUUGGUAAGAAGAUCUCUCUGAGCGGCUUCCCUCCCUCUCUCACCCCGGCCUCCGGAUCCUCCCCUGCCAUGGAGUCUCCGUACGAGUGGAAAGCGCCCAAGAAGCCCCUCCAUCCCACCCCUGCCCACUACCCCUCAGAGCCGGCAUCCAGCGGGCCCUCUGCAGAGGAGUUUGACUACAGCUCGUGGGAUGCCAUGUGCUAUCUGGAUCCCAGCAAGGCUGGAGAAGAGGACGACUUUGUGGUGGGUUUCUGGAAUCCAUCGGAGGAGAACUGUGGUGCAGAGCUCGGCAAACAGUCCAUCUCCUACGACCUGCACACAGAGCAGUGCAUCGCUGACAAGAGCAUCGCUGACUGUGUGGAGGCUCUGCUGGGCUGCUACCUGACCAGCUGUGGAGAGCGAGCUGCCCAGAUGUUCCUCUGCUCGCUGGGCCUCAAGCAAAAAGCAAAUGUCCCGGCAUCAGCUAACAGCUUUGUGUGUUUUCACUAUCAGCUGCGACGCUCUGAAGAAGACGAGGAGAAGGAGGAGGACAUCGAGGUCCCUAAGGCCAUGGGGGAUAUCUUUGAGUCGCUAGCGGGAGCAAUUUACAUGGACAGCAGGAUGUCACUGGAGACGGUGUGGCAAGUGUAUUAUCCUAUGAUGAGGCCACUUAUAGAGAAAUUCUCUGCCAAUGUGCCACGCUCUCCUGUGAGGGAGCUGCUCGAGAUGGAACCAGAAACUGCCAAGUUCAGCCCUGCAGAGAGAACGUACGACGGGAAGGUCCGGGUGACAGUGGAGGUCGUCGGUAAGGGCAAGUUCAAAGGAGUUGGCCGCAGCUACCGGAUCGCCAAGUCGGCGGCGGCGCGACGAGCUCUGCGCAGCCUCAAAGCCAAUCAACCUCAGGUCCAAAACAACUGAGCUCAGCAUUAGCACCUAAGCUAUUGACGCUAACGGAGAAAAAGCAGCGUUGGAUUCCCAACAUAGCGCAAUGCUAGCCCUGUAUCUUCAGCCUGCGAUGGCACAACCAAGGCAGCCAGGGAACACUGUGUGGAUACGCAACAAAAGAAGCAGACUGAUCUCACAACAGAUUUCACAUCGGAUCUUGUACCUUUUUUUUGUUUUGUUUUGUUUUUUUUGCGCAAACACAAUCUUUACUUUCCCUCUCUGCUUUGUGUAAUCACAUGAGUGCUUUAUUAACGUUUAGCAAAGUGUUUAAAAAAAGGUCAGGUCGCAAUGUCUGUUCCUCACUGUUUUUGAUUUUUCUUUUGUUUGGGUUAACCUCCAUGUCAGUGAGAUAAGGCUUCUGCUUAUUGUGUAGUAUUUGACUGUACAUAGUUCAAUCAAAGGUGUAAAUCAAAGUAUGUAGUAGGACGAAAAGAAAAAAAAAACGCUAAACUCCUCAGCCUGUGCACUAGUGCCAGUCAGUUUUAAAGCGGUUUUUAAAACGCUAACGGCAGACGUGGCUAACAGAUACCACUGGAGCAAAAACCUGGUGGCACUUCUGUCUGAAAUCUGUCUUGAAAUGGUAUUCUUAAUCAUAUUUGCACUUAUUCCAUUAGGGUCUGUUACUUUGAGAAUUGUGUGGUCACAUUGACACCAAAAUCAUAUACGUAGCAAAAAAUAUAAAUAUAUAUAAAAAGAAUAAAAUACAUGAAUGAUAUUCUUGGCCUUAAAUGCUAAGGCUCACCCUCAUAUCCUGCAAAACGGAUAGGAAUUUCAACAUUCCCAGUUACUGUAAUUUAAACUAGUUUUUAACCACACUUGAGGUUGCAUGUUCUUGUAGCUUAUGUAUAAACCACGACAACUGGAUGGCUUCUAUAAAUGUUCUAAAUCUAUGGAUAUAUCUAGAGUGUGUGAGAGCGAGAUUAGGUGUUUACGGCAUUAUUUUGAUGAUUUGGUUUAACAUGUUUUGAUACCAAGAAUGGAUGAAAUCGAAUUAGUCAUUCUUGCGCACUAAAUGUCUUUCCACAAAGCGAAUCAUCCAGUUUUGAUAUAUGUACGAAAAGAAAGACAUAUCACACAUUCAAUAUGCUGCAGACUUUUCUACAAAUUGGAUACUCGCGUUAAGACACACAAUCUUUUCAGAUAGUCUUUUGUGAAAAAGGCCAAUUAAUUUCAACACACUAGUGUUCCUCACAUCCCGUACCUACCAAAGCUAUAACAGAUGUGACACUAUAAGGUUGAAGUCAAUUCCUAGGGAUAAGGAUACCAGCCUUUUUUUUUUUCUUCUUCUUUUUUGUGGUUUCUGUUCUGACGAAUUUUGCUUCUCGCUAAAUGUCUUUUUUUCUCAUCAGUAAGCCCUUGUUCACUUGAAUACCUCAGUUAAUUGCAUGCAUUUUCUUUUCUUUUUUUUGUUUGGUGCUAUGUUUUUGUAUUAAGCUUGAAUUUCUCAUCUUUUUUGCACUGUAACUAUAAUACCUCUUUAUUUGACCUAUUUUUUAAAAAAGAAUUAAUUUGAUUUUUUUUUUUUUUUUCUGUUUGAUUUGGUUGUCCUGUAUGUCAGCCAUCAAGCUGUAGAGGAGAGCUGCAUUGUCGUCUUUUCCCCCCUUCCAUACUUGAGGUCCAUACUUGAGGUUCAGACUUGAUGUCUUUUUGGGUUUUUUUUUGAUUGGGGAAGAAGAGGAGGAAGUGAAAGCAGGAAAUGUAUUCUCUGCACAUAAGCCUAUCUACAUCCCCCCUCCCCCUUUCAUUUAUUAACUGUUAGUUUCAUCAGUUGAGAAUCUGUUUUUGAAUUCUGGGUAAAAACAAACAGAAGAUUGAUUGAUUGAUCAGAUGGGUAAAUGUUUGUAGAGAUAAUCAGAUUGCACUCUUAAACUUAAAUUUCUCUGACAUUUACUUCAAAACAUAGAAAUAUAUGGGUUGGAAGAGACACAUACCCACGUGGUUUCUGUGUUAGUAUCUGAAAUCAAAGUCAUAGUCCUGCAAUGCCACCCACAGGUGCUUCUACCUCAAGGACGGUGCGCUCAGUGUUAAUUUCUGGACAAAACUGCAGUUAAAGUCAGUAACUUUCUGACUAUAAUACAUAAUGUAGUCUUCACUGUGAUACCUAUACAGUCUAUGUCACAUAUGUAAUACACAACACAGGUAUCUGCUUCACUGAGUCGACAUUCCCUUACAGUGAUUUUUGUCUAAAAUAGAAACAAACUAAAGUCAGUGCCUUCUCUGUGGGAGAUCAGUGUCAGCAUAGACUAGAUUUAAAUUCAACAUAAAGUUAAAUGAAUGAAUCAAAAUUUGAGGAUGUAUAUGCAAUUGUUUGUGAUUUUGUUUCUGCUUAAAAAAGUGAUAAGUAAAUCAUGUAUUUUCAACUGAAGAUUUUAACCAGGUCUUCUCUGCCACAUAUGAUUUGUAAGUUUACCCUACAAAAUAUUAAAAUAAUAAUGUAACCCAUUAAACCUACCCAAAUACUUUUGAACCAAUUAAAAGAACAAGUGACAAACAAAAGAAGACUGAACUGACCCAAGAGAAACUGAAAGUAGUUCCAGUAAAUGUUUCCUGAUACUUAAUUAACCAUGGCCCUAGAACCACUUGGGGUCCAGGGACUCCCUGGUUCACUAUGUAGCAAUGAGUUUGCAGUUUGUUUGAAGCACAUUUGGUGCCACCUUAUCAAGCCCCAAAACAUAACUUAGCAUUGCUUCAAUGUUACAAUCUUAGCCUCUAGCUAACAUGACAAAAACCUUUCUUGUAGCUUGUUUGUGUUGAAAAGAAACAAAUUUAGAAUUUGGAUAAAAGAUAAAAACGACCUGUAGUCACAUCUUAGGUUAGGUAGCCACUGUUAGCUAUUGUUAUUGUAGCUGUCUUUUUGCCAACAGUAUUUGUAAGCUAGUUAGUUAGCUAGUGUUUUGCUACAGACCAAGAAAUGGCUAACUAGCCAGCUAAUCUACAUCAAUUGUUAGCUAGCUAGAUUCAUCUGAAAGAGAUAUUUUAGCAAAACGCUAUCCAAUCAGUUUAGCAUUUCUCGCUAACAUUAGCUAGCUUAAGAUGUGACUAUAUGUAUGCCACUUUUUUAAAAAUCUUUUAACCAUCUUUAAAAUGUGG